AUGGCGAAAGAGCUUCUGCAGCUUCCUCUGCUGCUGGUCCAUCAUCGGUUCUCAGGAGAGGGAAAUCUCUUGCUAAUUGAUGACAUGGAGCAGUAUGAAAUACUUGAGCAAAUUGGGAAAGGUGCUUUUGGUUCUGCUCUUCUAGUGAAGCAUAAGCAUGAGAAGAAAAAAUAUGUACUGAAGAAGAUUCGCCUUGCCCGCCAAACUGAGCGCUCUCGUAGGUCUGCUCACCAGGAGAUGGAGCUCCUCUCCAAAUUAAGAAACCCAUUUAUUGUGGAAUAUAAAGAUUCAUGGGUAGAAAAGGGUUGCUAUGUAUGCAUUAUUAUAGGCUACUGUGAGGGUGGAGACAUGGCAGAGACUAUAAAGAAAGUUAAUGGUGUUAUGUUUCCAGAGGAGAAACUAUGUAAGUGGCUUGUUCAGCUUCUUAUGGCACUUGAUUACUUGCGUGUGAACCAUAUUCUUCACCGUGAUGUCAAGUGUUCAAAUAUAUUCUUGACAAAAGAUCACAACAUACGCCUUGGUGAUUUUGGACUUGCCAAAAUGUUGAGUUCCGAUGAUCUAACUUCAUCUGUUGUGGGAACUCCUAGCUAUAUGUGCCCUGAGCUUCUUGCUGAUAUACCUUAUGGCUCUAAAUCAGAUAUUUGGUCCUUGGGUAAUCGUGGUCUUGUUAAAAGCAUGUUGCGGAAAAAUCCAGAGCUUAGACCUAGUGCUGCAGAGCUACUCGGGCACCAACAUCUUCAACCUUAUGUUCUUAAGGUCCAUCUCAAAAUCAAUAGCCCAAGGCGAAGUACUUUGCCAGGUCAUUGGCCAGAAUCCAGAUACAUGAAGAAAACUAGAUUUUUGAAGUCAGAAGAUGAUCCCGUUUCCAUCUCUGGGUAUAAGUGGCAUUCUUUUAGCAAUGAUCGGACAUUAAAUCCGAGUGUAUCAGGAGCGGAGCAAGAUUCUCUAUGCACUACGCUAGAGAUAGACUGCACUCCUGAUAAUUUAAAUGAAAGAUUUGCUGAACUUUCUACGGGAGACAACCACGAUUUAAAAUCACUCCAUAAGUCAAGUUUUUCCAGAACUUCUAGUAAUGCCAAGACUUCUAGGCUAACUGGAUCAAAAGCUUCUACCAUUCCCAAGAAAUCAAUGUUUCUUGUUUCACACAAUACGAAACAACCUGUCCAUACAACUCGUAGAGCAUCAUUGCCGUUCCCACGAAGUUGUGCCAUUCAGCAGCCUCCUCGCAGGCCCAGUAUUGGUUUACUUGACCAUGUAAAUUCACCCAAUAUUUCAGUUAACUCUCCCCGGAUUGAUAGGAUAGCAGAAUUCCCGUUAGCAUCAUAUGAGGACCAAUUGUUUCCCAUCAAUAGAUCUUCACCAAACUCGGCACAGAGUUCCUCAGGCUCCCCUCCUUGCGGCAAUAAUUCAAAUUUGAUAGACAAAUGCACAAUCAAGGUAUGUGACACAUCGUAUGCUAGGCCAGGCUGUACGGAUGCUUGGCAGGGGAUCAAGCGCAACAUGUUCAAGAAAAACGAUGAGGAUAAAAGUGGCUCAUCUGAUCAACAUGCAACAACUGGAGCAUCAAGCCACAACUCUUCAGACUUGCGCCGCCGACAGUUUGAUACUUCAUCAUUCCAACAAAGGGCUGAGGCAUUAGAAGGUUUGCUUGAAUUUAGUGCAAGAUUACUACAGCAGGAAAGGUAUGGAGAACUUGGAGUUUUAUUAAAACCUUUUGGGCCAGGGAAAGCUUCCCCAAGGGAAACUGCUAUUUGGUUGAGCAAGAGUUUCAAAGAGAACACUUUCAACCGAGAACAAUUCACUUAA